AUGGCGCGUCGCGCGUGUCAGAUGCCAUUUCGGGCAGCAACUGUCAUUGCCACUGUUUCCUUCGCUGCUGCCAUAGGUGAGGCCUUUGUCUCAUCUGGUCCAGUGACUUCCAAUGCUCUUCACAGUCCUGGCAUGCUGAGCAUCCAGGCGCCAGUGGUCGCGCGCUCUCGGGUGCAAGACUCGUCGUCGCUGUGGAAGGCGGGCGCCUCCCUGGCUCUGCUGGGACUUGCUGUCGGCCUACGCCCCAAACCCCGACAAGCCAAGACUCACGUGGUGAAGCUAGCAUGUGGCUCGACCACCUUCUUCGAGCAGCCGCGGGUGACCGAGAUUGCGAAGGAGAUCUCAACGGUGACUAACCUCAUUGAUGUGACCGAGCACAAGCUGGAACAGCCACGGUCAUGCAUGGAGGCAGCAGCCGCUUCGCCGGUGCUCGGAGCCGGCCGCGACAUGCUCGUGCAGAGCGCAGUGCCCGCCGUGCGGUUGGGGAACGUUUGGUGGAGAGGCCCAUGCCAGUGGUGGCGCCGCGCAUGGGCCGAUGAGUCCUCUGGGGAUGGGCUCAGCUCCGACUCGGACUUGGAGCCCGUCCAAGUGAAUGAACACGAAAGAUCUAAGCACCCGGUGCAUGGAACUGCUGGCUUCCGGCGCAUGCGCAGUUUUCAGCAACCUGCCCCAGAAGUCCAACGAGCACUGAACAGCUUGACCUCCUUCCGCUCCGCACUCGUCGCAAACCAGAAGAAAAUGCUGCAGCUCUUGGAUGAUGAGCUGGACCGCAUCAAAGGUGUCGUGGCCCCGGCCGGUCGCAAGAGCCAGACCAGCGCCAAUGGCGAGGUGAAGCGCCUUUCAUUUCCGUCCCCCUUCGCGCUUCUGCCAGCCGUGCAGAAGCAGCGCAAACGCCGAAUGUCUUGGAUUCAGAAGACGAGUCCAGCGGAGCCGCCGGUGCCGGCGCCAGAAGUCGUACCAUCACUGUUGGAGACAGAGGUUGCGAACUUGACUCGAGAAGAGAAGGAAAAGAUACGGAAGGAUGCCGAUGAACAAGUGCACAAAGGAAUGCUGACACAACUGGAUCCUGAACUUGCCCGCAGUGUGGUGCGCAAGCGUGCUACUGCUGAGUUUGGCGAGCCACAGGAAGGUGGCGAGGAGCCCACCGGGCGGUGCUAUCAAUUAGCCAUGCAUCCAUGUUUCGAGAGAUUCACAAUGUCUGUGAUCUUCCUGAAUGCGAUGUGGAUAUCAGUCGACAUAGAGUUCAACAGGGCCGAGAUUUUGUCGGAAGCCGAUGCCGGCUUUAUCGUGGUAGAGAACCUGUUCUGCUUGUUCUUUACUUUCGAGCUGAUUGUCCGACUAUGGACAUACACUCGCAAGUGCUCUGCGCUGCGGGACAUCUGGUUCUUGUUCGACGUUUUCCUCGUCACCCUGAUGUCCUUCGAGACAUGGCUGGUACCCCUUGCACAUGCAAUAACGCGGACAACGGGUGACACCAUGACGGGGGGUGCCUCUGUCCUCCGUGUGGCCCGCGUGCUCCGUGUAUUGCGAACGGCGAGGAUGGCCCGACUUGUUCGGUUGAUGCCCGAGCUCAUGAUUCUGAUCAAAGGCAUGAUGGUGGCUUGCCGUUCUGUGUUCUUCACUUUGGUUUUGCUGCUGAUGUUCACCUAUGUUUUUAGCGUGGCUUUCGUGCAGUUUAGUCGUGGGAACACCGUCUUGGAGUCACCGAAUUUCUUUGGCUCCAUGGGCACGGCGAUUUGGACCUUACUCCUGAAAUGCAUCCUGACGAACCAGCAGUUCAUCAUCGAAGCGGUAGCAGAGGAGAGUUGGAUCAUGGCGGCUUUGAUUUUGGUCUUCAUUCUAUUCGGCUCUUUGACUGUGAUGAACAUGCUGCUCGGGGUGCUGGUCGAGGCGGUAAAGACGGUGUCUACUAUUGAGCGAGAGCAGCUGGAAGUCGAUUUUGCAAAGAAAGUUUUAUGGGAGAUGAUUGACAAAGGACAUGCCGACGAGGAUGGAGACAACCGAAUCUCUGAACAGGAAUACCGCAAAGUGCUCCACACGCCGGAGGCCAUGACGGCACUGACGAGCUUGGGAGUUGAUGUCGAGGCUGCAUUGGACUAUGGUAAGCUGCUUUUCGAAGACGGUGAGCCACUCACAUUUGGGGACUUUAUGCGGGGGAUUCUCACUUUGCGUGGCUCCAACCAGACGACCGUCAAGGACAUUGUGGACCUUCGCAAGUUCACAGCCGAUGAAUUCUCCCACAUCCACGACAUUCUGAGCAGCUUGUGCAAGUAUGUCGCAACGUCAGGAACUGCAGGAACCGUGAGCCAGGCACAAAGGUAUGUCUGGAUGUUUGGGAUACCGGGCACAGGCUACACGAAGACAGCCUUUGCUCAGAAGCCAUUGGCUGCAAAGUGCCACUUUGACACCAAAACCUCGAAAUCGGCGGAAGGUCGGUUCUUGGAGUUGGUAGGUUUGGACCCCGACGGCUGGGACAUGCCUCACAAUCAGGAAUUGAAUGGCUUCUCAUCAGAGUACAGCGAAGGGGAUCGUGAUGUACGUCCACCUCCCGCAAAACAUUGUGAGCAGCCUCUAGCUGUACCGGACGUCCUGCGUCACGCACGCAGCCGCAGCUCCUCAAGAAACUCCGGCUUGCAAAGCCGGGGCUCUUCCAAGAAGUCCACGGCGGUGCAGGAGACCGCCCGGCUUCUGGAAGGCCUCACAGCUUUCAAGGCAAAGCUCGCCGCCAGCCACAGGCAAACCAUGCAGUUGCUGGAAGGUGAGUUGGAGAAGGUGAGGCGCCUCCCGACAAUGUCCGCCAUGCCCGACGGGUCUGUCGCACCGGAGAAGCUCAAGCCCUCCCGCGAGCUCAAGGAACAUGGGAGCACCUCCAAGGACUACAGGUUGCGCCUUCCGGGCAUGCUGGGCCAUGCAGACGACGUGCCAGGGAUCAACCAAAUGGCAGGUACAGCGCAGCCGACCUACACGUCCAUCUCGUCCGGUCAUCGCAUUACGCUUAGUGACGAGCGCGAGACUAGGCACCCGGAGAUGCCUGGGGCGUGGAUAGGAGACUAUGUGGAGUUCGUGACGUACGACCCCACGAAUGUUCGCCAAGGCACUGUUUUGGCUAGGUUGGAUAAGGCUACCUUCUUAGCGGUGUCAGACGAGCACCAUUGGUUGGUGGUUGGACCUGGUGGUUGGACCACGGUCCAGGAAGAGAUGAGGGGUGGCAGUUGGAGGAUCAUCACCCUGGGCGACCUCGCUGAUGGGAAGAAGCAAAAGGAGGCGGGCUGGCCUUUGAAGUUCCUGAGGCACUGGCAGCAGACAGGCCGACUCAGCGCAGGCGCACCAGAGGGUCCGGGUAUGUUCGAGGAGACCUCCUCGGGCUCAACCUCUACGGAGGAGAAGCCUCCCAAGGAGUACUCCUUGAAGAAGCGGGGGCGCCUGGCAGCCCGGACGUUAAGGGAGAUGGGGACGUUGGCCCUGGCCCUGCACCAGCUCGCAGUCGGAGCACAAUUCAUGGAGUUGCUGGAUUCAGAGGGGGCGACUCUGGUGGAGAGGGACGAGGCCGUGAUGGCCUCGAAGAAAGAUGAGGAUCAGAAAGGCCAGAAGGGAGACCCGAAGGGGGCCAAACAAGGAUUGACGGUGGCAGCUUUCAGGGAUGCUGCAAACGAGGGAGUUGCUUGGCCAGUUUGGAGGGACAAGAUGAGGAGUGCGUUAUCCAGGACCCCCAAGAAGGUGCAAACGGCAGGGGAGGCUACUGUGGCAGAGCGCGACGCGUGUGUUUUUGCCCGAACGCACUGCAACCCCGAAAGGCUCCCCACGGACGCCGAGUCCACUGCUGCCGCACAGGGACGAUCGCGCGGCCAUGGAGAUGCGUUGCCAAUUCACCCUGCUCUGAUUGCGCCUGGCUUUGCUUGGGGUUACGAAGACCAACGUCGACUGGGUCAAAAGACCGUACUUUUGGCCCUGAACUACCUGUACUGCGUGGCCUGGAGCCACCCAGUUUGUCUCCUCGGAAGGUCGGAGCGCCUUUCAACACCACUUGCCUCAGAGGCGAAGCUCCGCUCAAAGAAGUUCGACUACGCUGGCGUUGUUAAGGCAUGGCCCUCGCCCGGGAACGCGGCAGUGGUCGAGCUGAAAGCCUGCCUCCCAGAAGACCUCGCAAAAUUGCUUGAACCGGGGACAUCGAGAUCCCCACCGACCGGAAUGGCCAUUACAUCACGAACGGUGCGGGAGCUGUUCCAAAAGGUCAAAGUGGUGGGCGGAUUUUCUGAAAAGGACCUACUCCCUUACGUGGGCCAAUUGACGGGCAUCUUGGUUGACAAAGAGUCUUACACCGUGAUGGACUCAGAGGACCUCCAGUCGACCUUUAGUUUGUUCAGGAUGCCGGACUGCUGGCUCCCCUUUUUCGCCUUCGCCCAGAAAGUUCGGGGAGACGCCCUUGGAGAGUCACGCUACACGAGUGUGAGGUCCCGAGCAGAGGAUGUGCAAAAAGGGGCGGCACUUCCAGCUGCAGAAGGAGGUGAGAUCCUGGCGGAGUGCAAAGUCAUUCCGCAUGUCUAUGAGAAGUCAGUUGAGCUGCUGGACAUGCCAUCCUCCAGCAUGUUUGUCCGUGAGGUUCGUCUACCUCCACCAAUGGUCGAUGUUAUCUGCUUCGCGGCCCUGAUCCCAUUUGCGGAGACCGACCUUUCCUCGCCGAUCUCGCCGGUGAUUAGCUGCACAGAUGCAUCCCGCACUGGAGGGGGCUCGUCAGUUGCCAGCUAUUUCAAGACAAGGUGGUACCGGUGCCCAAGGAAGCGGCCUGGCAGUGUUCUGUCAAGUGCACUCGAGCGCAUGAUGAGACGUAGGAACUUCACCCUCACCUUUGCGGUGGCCCUGAGGGGAAUCUCGGUGCAGGGCGACCGCUGGGAUUUCAGCGCCCAGCAUGGCAAGGACCGCCUGGACGAGGAAGAGACCGAGGGUGACUUCAUGUGGUCACAUUGGGCGCCGGACUUCUCAACAUUGGCGCCGUUGGCAGUACCAGGACUUAUCGAUGCGAAGGACAAUGGCAGGUUUGCCUUCCUCGAGCACCCCUUCGGGUCCAUGAUGUGGUGGAUGAAGGAGGCCCGGCCUCUCUACGACUCUACGGAGAAGGUUGGUGCUGGUCAGUCUUCAGCCUGUGUUUCACGUGACUUAUCCCUGGACUCCCUGAUUUUCCACGAGAUCAAAUGGAGCACGCGAGGCUUCCAGUCGGAGACCACCACCAACGAUGCAGCGUUCCACCUCAAAGAGUUCGUUCGUCAUGUUCACCACCUUGGGACGAAUGUGGCUGUGGAGGGACUUCCUGAGCUACAAGUGGGCGUCGAGCCAGCGCAUCAACGUGUUGCAGCUCUCGGCAUUCCAUGGCUUGCGGGUCAUCCCAUGUUCGAGCGCAUAACCAUGACCGUCAUAUUUCUCAAUGCAAUCUGGAUCGGCGUCGACAUUGAACUCAAUCAUGCGGACGUCCUUGCCGAAGCCGAUCCUCUGUUCAUCAUAGCUGAGAACUUGUUCUGCUUGUUCUUCUCCGCUGAGCUGACCAUCCGGUUCUUGCUAUACACCCGAAAGAUAUACGCACUCAGAGAUAUGUGGUUCCUUUUCGACUUGUUCCUCGUUUUAUUGAUGAUUAUUGAAACUUGGUUCAUGCCAUUGGUACACGUCUUCUCUGCGGACUCAGCCGGUGCAUCGACUGGGGGACUCUCCGUUCUUCGGGUAGCAAGGGUGAUGCGAGUGCUUCGAACAGCACGAAUGGCCCGAUUGGUGCGGUUUAUGCCCGAGCUGAUGAUUCUCGUGAAGGGCAUGAUGGUGGCAUUCCGGUUCUUCACUUUGCUCCUGCUUCUGCUUGUCACUUACGUGUUUUCGGUGGCCUUCAUGCAGUUCAGUCGGGGCAUCGAGAACUUGGAAACUACUAUGUUCAGGACGAUGGGCAACACUGUGGAAACCCUCAUCCUGGGAUGUGUCCUGACCGAUCAAGCUGCUUUGAUUCAAGAGGUGGGCAAGGACAGCCCGAUAAUCGUGGCCUUGCUGAUUGUGUUCAUACUGGUGGGCUCGCUCACGGUUAUGAACAUGCUGUUAGGCGUGCUCGUCGAAGCCAUCAAGACAGUCUCCACCAUUGAGCGCGAGCAGCUGGAAGUCGAUUUUGCCAAGCAUGUGUUGUGGGAGAUGAUUUCCAAAGGCGAGGCAGACUCAGACGGAGACAACAAAAUCUCCGAGGAGGAGUAUAUGAAUGUUUUGCGGAAGCCAGAGGCGGUCACUGCGCUGACCAGCCUGGGAGUUGAUGUCGAGGCAGCGUUGGAUUACGGCAAGCUGCUGUUCGAAGACGGUGAGCCCUUGACCUUCGGAGACUUCAUGCGUGGUAUACUAACCCUUCGAGGUUCCAACCAGACCACGGUCAAGGACAUAGUAGAUCUUCGCAAGUUCACGGGCGACGAAUUCUCGCAAGUUCACGAAGUCUUGAACGGCCUGGCGCAGUUUGUGAUGUCGCAAGCAGCUGGACAUCAGCCCCCCCCUCUUCAGCCUUCGCUGUCGGUUUCCAGGAGGCAUUCUUUGGCUUCGCGCUCGUCAAAUGAGAAAGAACCUAUCGGGUGA